AUGAAGAAAGAGACGAAACCUGUUCUCGCCGUCAAAGAUGCUUGUUCCGAUUUCUCAUUUCUUUUCUGCGCCGAAACCGAAAGCCAAAUGACCAAGCUUCAAGAAAGCCCGGCGCCUGUCAAGAAGGAGCCUGAUCUCAAUGUUGUGCAACCAUCGUCGAUCGAUCCGUUCCAGGAGGCAUUGAAGUCGAUGGGUAAAGGGCGUAGGGACUCUCCAGUAACGGCCACACCCCCACCAGCUUCGAUGACGAUUACGCCGCCCCUGCUAGAAUCGAUCCGGCUGAUAGAACGAGCUGUGUACGAUGAUGACCCUGUUAAUAAUAUCCAUACUGCUCACAGUUUGCGCGAUCUGGAUUGGGGAGAGGGUGCUGCUCCACAUGCUCCCCUAUUCGAAGAAGUUAUCGAUUGGACGGAUCCAAUAACUCUCGAAUUCGAUCUCGAAGCGUCCCAACGCGGACAGAAUAGUACAGAAAAGACUACUCAGGAGGAGCGUAAGCAAACAGCUUUAGGUGCACUAUACAUGUCGUCAGCGCAGAUACUCCCAGAGGAUGAGGAAAAUUGGAAGGAAGUGCCCCUCGAUUGA